AAGUACGGUGGCUGAGGAGGCUCCUUGGCAGUCACCUUCCUGUGCUGCUCGCGGGGGUGGUGACCAUGGCUCAGAGCUCCCCGCCGCCCUUUGACCCCAGCAGCCCCCCCCUUAUCGAGGGCUUCGUCCCCACCCCCCUGCACCGGGAGGGGUUCCGGGACAAGUUCCUGCGCAAGAGCCGCGAGAACCCGCUGGUGCCCAUCGGCUGCCUCUCCACUGCAGGGGCUCUGACCUAUGGACUUAUUUGCUUCCAGAAGGGCAAUACCCACCAGUCCCAGCUGAUGAUGCGGGCCCGUGUCCUGGCUCAGGGCUUCACCAUUGCUGCCAUCAUGGUGGGGGUGGUGGCCACAGCAAUGAAAGCUCAGAAGUGAGGUCAGGCUGGCCAUGAGCCGCAGCCUCCAGGAGUGGACAGACAACCUGUGCUUCAUGUCGUAGAAAUGGGCCCUUUGGCUGCUCUCAUCUUGCUGGGGGACCAGCUCAAUGGUGGUGGUGGUGGAGCAAUUAUUAAAGAUCCUACUGGGUUCUAGAGUUUUGGAAAUGCAGCGAAUACACCUGAGUGAUUCAACCUAAAA